CCUGGUUUCUCGGGCAGUGUGCCCAGUGGAAGCCAUGGCUUCGCCACGGCUGCUCUGUGCAACUCUCUUCGCAUCUUGCAUCCUUGUAGCAUGUUCCAUCAUAGUUCUUGCUCUACCCCUCUUGGGAGCCUUCUGGCAGUCAAUGGCCCUUCUGCAGGUGGUGCCAGAUCUGGACACCCUGGAGACGGGCACCCGCAUACAGGCGCUGUUCCUCGCUUUUGCGGCCGUCUCUGGUCUAGCCGCAUUCGUCCGCAGGGCCGACGCCCAACUGGUGCCCGUGGUUGCCUGCUGUGCGGUCACGUCGGCUGUGGCGGCGCUCCUCACGGGCGUGGCGGCCGCCUACAAAAUCCUCCUGCUCCUCAAAGUGCUCGACGAAGACAAGGGCAAGGAUCUCCUGAGUAACCUUUCGGCUAUGUUGCUCAUCAGCCUGUUGGCAGCGGACGCUAUCUCUUUACUCUCGGCCCUCAUCUGUACCAUCUGCACCCUGGUGUACUGCUGCCGUGUACGAACCAUGCGAUGCACCCCUAGACCUCCGUCCCCUCUGCUCCCGCCGAGAAGACCCAGGGUCAACAUAUCACCGCAGUCGUCCCUCACCAGGGACACAGCACAUACAUCGACCAAAGAGGUGAAAUUCGUGGACGACGUCUACACGCAACCGCGACUGUUUGUCGCACCCGAAGGAGCUCCGGUGAUACACCUGUCACGGAACCCUCCAGGAACUGUCUACGCCCUGCCACCUGGAGCCCUCGUCAUGGUGGACUAUCAGUGACGGUGUUGCCGUCCUCAAUAACUUUUUCUUAGGGCAAUUUCGGGACGCAAACCGUUCUUAUACACAGAUAUCCGGGGUCUCU